AUGCCGUGGAGAGGACGCAGGCAAAAGCCAAACAAAGGCGGUGUUAGCGCAGAUCCAAAUACGAACCCGGGGUUUGGAUUCCUAGCCACCUCACAGACGGACAAGCCUCCUCAGCAACCUUCUGAACCAACCGCCGGCCCUUCACAAAGAGGCGAAACAGAAAGAAAUAGGGGAUCUCGACGUCCCAGAGGUCGUCGGCGAGGCGGUGGACACAGUUCCGGCAACGAAAACCGGGCGCCUAACACGUGGCAAACUUCCAGCAACGGGCACCACCCUUACCGUGGAAGAGCCCAACGCUCGGACAACUACGGGAUGCAGACUUCGAGUCAGCCAGCCUACUCUCCGUCAAUUUAUAACGGGUGCCGUCCGGUCAGCGUCGCUCGUUACGAUGAUGAUUUCGGCCGCUCUUCACGCAGCAACUACCCUUCCCACGAUUAUCGAGAUGAGAACGUUCCUCGACACUAUACCGGCAAUGAUAGAAUUCAGCCACAAUCACAAUAUGCCGACGGUCCAAAUGUGACUUACGUUAGGCGCAACGUGGAAACUCCAAGCUAUCGCCAAACGAACAACGGAUCUUACUAUGGAUCUGACGGCAGCUGGGGUUAUGAUGAACGGGAUCCAGAAUACUAUCCGACAGGAGGACGCAGUGACAGCUUGCGAAGCAGCCCCUUGCGGGACUACCAGAGUAAUGCGCCAUAUGACCGAGCUCGUUUUGAUCGGGCACAAGAUUGCUACAGUCCGCUUGUUCGGGAAGAACCUUUAUAUCGCCAGAAUUCCAUGGACCACAGAAGCAGCGGCCGCUACUUGGAACGCGAUCCUUAUGAUCAUCGAGACAACUAUCGUCCUCAGAAUCAACGGCAAUCACCGGCCCCGCCGUUGCCUCAGAAUGGCGGAUAUUUGAGGCCAAGCGACCUCCGCGCGGCGUCUGCAAGCUCGAGCCAGCAAACCGUGCGUAAUAUGAACGGUCAUCAGACUCCCUCGAACUGGCGUCCCGAAAACGGCCACUCCUACUCGCGAGCUCCUCAAACGCAAAAUGUGCAGCAAUCAGCGUCUUCGUGCAGCCGCCCUGAUGAUGGAUUUGUGUCCCAGGGCUACCGAAACGAGAAAGCUCAGGGGAUGGCCCCGAGUCACCAUUCGUCACGACCUUCAUCGGCCGCUUGGAGUCAAUCAGCUUACGGCGGUGAACUAGAUGAGGUUGCCAUGGCUGAGAUUGCACGUCGCAGAACUUACCGUGGAGGUGAACAGCCGCACAAUAUGAAUAACAAUGGAAGGGUGAAAACCUACACACGGUCUUCGAAUGGCUUCCGACGGAUGGAGACACCACCGGAUUCGAUGCAUGAAGAUCAAUUGGACGAACUGAACAGCGAAAUUGCCUCCCUGACCGUGGCCAACAGGACGCCACCGACACAAGGUUCUUCAGUCCUACAGGAUUCACCCAUUGAACCGCUUCCGUUUGAGGCGGCUUUUCAUCCACGCUUACCGCCGGCGGAUCGAAGGAAUCUGCAGAGAGUGCGCAUCGAAACCAACCAUUUCCCAAUCGAGCUUGACCUGAGUCGUAUUGUCUACCGUCAUGAUUUACAUGCCGAGUUGAUCCUUCGGAAUGGCGAGCGCGUCUCGGUUAUCGAGCUGACCCGGGUCUCCCGUGAAACGGGUCGUGUAAACUCACAUGCCGAACUUUUACGAAUGGCCGUCCGAAGAGCCCUCGAACUCGUUGGCAUGCUCAACCGUGAGGGGGCGGUCAUCUACGAUGGAGUUGCCUAUCUUUAUUCCACGGAAAAUUUGAUGAUAGCGCUCAAGCCGCAUAACGGAUCUGUGACAGUGAACGUCAACCAACUUCCUCCGCGUGCACGCGGACUCGUUGAAGACUGUGAUUCUGCCGAGAUCCGAAUCCAGAUCCAACCCUGCCGGCAAUUCGCCACCCGCUUCAGCCUGGGCGAAGCGCAGAAGAGGGCGAGAAAUGGGCAAGACAGGUCCCUCAAUCAGUUCCUCGAUAUUUUGACGAGUGCUCCGGCUGCAGAAAAAGGCAAUUACGUAUUCUUCCGGAAUGGCAGCGCUUUUCUUGUCGACCAUCCGAACACUCGCGAAGAUCUGCACUGUGGUCACGAAAGGCGGCUGGGUGUCUCUAAGGGCAUCAAUAUGAUCGACGCACCGGUCGGCAAAAACAGUGGCUGCUCGAUAAUACCCGCCUUGGUUAUGGAUGCAAAAGUCGGCACUUUCUUCAAAGCGACUGGGUUGGUGCAGUUUAUCUGCGAAUUGAACUGUUGGAGAAGCCCACGAGAGGCCAGAUGGAACCCUGCAGUUCUGUCCCAAACGAACCAGCAAAUUACUGGCCUUCGCCUCAAAUAUCAAGACUCAGCCGCUACCUUCAUCUGUGAUGGCUUGAAAAUGGAAGAUGAUCAACCGGCUACCGCCGCAUCUACGAUGGAUCAACCCUUGGUUCCGGGCGAUGAACCGACCAGAACUAUGGCCGAUCGAUACCGUGAAAUGGACCAACCUUUAAGCUUGGAGCACUGGCCACUGAUCAAUGGACGACGAGGAAAGAUCCGACUGGGACAAGCAUAUCCUGCGGAGUUUCUCGGCAUCUGUGACCAUCAACGCGUGCCCAAGUUCAAGGCUUUGACUGAACCUAAAUCCCCACAACUUCCACGUGAUCGUUGGGACACCAUUCAUAACCACAUGGUCGAAUUGGAUCUGGCCGGCGAUGGAAAUUCGAUUUUGAGCAGCUUUGGCGUCCGGGUGGCCGCCCGUCCUUUGGAAGUAGAAGGUUUUCGACGUGUUGCACCACAGGUUCGGUAUGGUGACGGCCAGGAGGUCGCAACGGACCAAAUCACGACGGCUUGGCGUUCGCGAGGGCAAAAGUUCGCUACGGCCAUGCAGAUCGAUUUGCUUGUUCUGACAUGGAACGGUGAUGGCAUGUCUGAUUCCGAGGCUCGCAAUAUGCCGCGAAAUUUGCGGUCCUUCGCCCAAAAUUUAAAGAAGGAAGCCCUAAAAAAGGGCAUGAAAAUUGGAGAGACGUUUAUCGAAUAUAGUCCGAUCAAGAUCAGAACUGAACUCAGCCAUGAUGGAAUCUUUCGAAAGGCGGCGGAGCAUCAACGCUCACUGAAGACUACCGACCCUACUGUCAUCGUGAUCUACGUCGACCAUAAAUCGCAAAAGACGCAUGGGCUGCUGAAGCUUGCCGAAAUACGGUACCAGGUCGUCACGCAGCAUCUCACUUCCAAGAACAUGAACGUGAUUGCCAGCGGCGGAGGUGGCUCUGCUAUGCUCGAGAAUUUCUUGAUGAAGAUGAAUGCGAAAAUGUUGGGCGUCAAUCAUGCGGUUAUCCCCGAGUCAUUUGCUCGCGAUGACUGGUACGGCCGGACGUUGUUCAUCGGCUACGAUGUGGCGCAUCCCACCGGCGCCGAUUCGAUGCAAAGUCGCCUACUGGGUCGUCCUGAGAACGCUUCCGUAGUCGGGUUUUCUGCGAAUUGUGGCCGUGAGCUGGAUCAGUUUGUUGGCGAUUUCGCAUACCAGGAGCCCUUGGUUGAACAAGCUGAUACCCGAGUGCUUGGUUCUCGUAUACAAUGGAUGCUGCAAUUGUGGCAACGAAAUCGGGGCGAAAAGUUGCCAGAUGCCAUUUACAUUUUCCGAGAUGGCGUCUCCGAGGGACAAUAUCAAAUGGUACGCGACUUCGAGUUUCCCGCCAUCACCGAAGCCUGCCACGAAUUCCAACACGGCUACCGCCCAAAAUUUGCGGUGAUCAUCUGCACGAAGCGCCACAAAACACGUUUAACAAAAGCCAGCGUGUACAAAAACCUCGAUUCGCGCACCGUCGUCGACACAGACAUUGUCAACCCGCACCUCACCGAAUUCUACAUUCAAUCGCAUCAGACUGUCCAGGGCACUGGCAAAUCGACCAAGUAUGAACUACUCAUCAACGAUAUUCCGGGCGUCACGCAAGAUUCCCUGCAGUCGCUUGCCGUGGCCCUUUCCUUUCAACAUCAGAUUGUCGCUGCCCCGAUCUCUCUACCGGAGCCCGUCUACCAAGCCGAUGAAUGGGCAAAGCGAGGCAGCGACGUGCUCAAGACAUACAAGGAGCUGAAUUUCGAAAUGCCACGGCUUGCCAACGGCACGAUCGACUGGAACCGCCUCACAGAAAAACUUUCCUACAGGGGGAAAUUCCUCGACGGAAGUCGUGUCAACGCU